CCGCACGACGCGAGUAGGUCAUGUUCUUUUAUUAACAUGAGAAUUGAACAAUGGGGAACUUACUAUCAAAAAUUGCUGCCGGACACAAAGGAGAACCAAUCAGAGUCUGCAUGCUUGGAUUGGAUGCUGCUGGUAAAACAACUGUUCUUCAGAAACUAAAGCUUGCUGAUUGCACACGAACAUUGCCAACGAUUGGCUUCAACGUUGAGACUGUUACUCCAUGUAAAGGAUUAACAUUAACUAUAUGGGAUAUUGGCGGGCAAGAUAAAAUCAGACAACUUUGGAAGCAUUAUUACACAUCAACUCAAGGUAUUAUAUUUGUUGUCGAUAGCGCAGACAAAACAAGAUUUGGAGAAGCAGUAAGUGAAUUAAACGCUAUUUUGCAAGAAGAUGGAAUGAGAAAGAUACCUAUCGUUGUACUUGCCAACAAACAAGAUUUACCUGAAGCUGUAGAUAAAAGAGAUCUUGCUACCGUAUUAGAACUGGAUAAGCUACCGGCAGACCACUCUUGGCAUAUAGAAAACUGCUGUGCUGUCAAAGGGGUCGGGGUGUAUGAAUCAAUGAAAGUACUCUCUUCAAUGAUUAAAAAAGCAAAAGGUUUAUCAGCUUCUGCGGCAAGAACAUAAUAAAAUACAAAAUAAACUUUGACAUUGCCGCUUGUCCAUCGUGCCUGUAGGGCAUUUUCGGUAACAUAGCUAACAAAUGUGUUACAUGAAGACGCAAAUCAUUAAAAAACAAUUGAUUCAUACUCACUCCAAGCAUUAUAUAAAUCUAGCGGCACCGGGAAAAAUCCUGGAAACUGCAAAGAAAAAUUUAUUACUAGACGAAAAACGCGUGUAACAUGUGUUGUUCAAUUUUCAUGUGGCGUAGUCUUGGGAUUUGCAGACGGUGUAUAUUUUCAUUCAUCAGUAUACAAUAUGUAUGUCCGAACUAUUGUGCAAAUGAAGUGUGUUUUUAGAAAUGUGUUUUAAGUAUUUUUUAAAUUGCAAUAAAUGAUAUUAUAUUGUA